AUGCACCUACACAACGACGGCUUGAGUGGACUAGACCGCUCCUCAGGGUAUCUUUCCCAGGCUAUAUCCGAAGCGUGGGCAAUCUCACUGCACGUAAAGGUUCCCGUUAAUUCCGACCAGGAGCGUUGCGAUUUUUUGUGGUGGACACUACGAAAUUUUGAUCGGCUGAACAAGCCCGUCAUGGGCGCUGCUCCGUUCAUGAUUGAUGAUACAGACAUUGGAGUUGAACGCAUUGCUCCCCGAAAGGAUCACUACCGGUCCCAGCUAAUGGCCAUAUCUCUCUCUCUCGGAGAUUUGAUGAAAACGGCAACUAGGAUUUACAAAGCUAGCUCAACAGCAACGGACGACGACUUUGAUGCAUUUCCGACAUUCUCUGAGCUGACCACUAAUGUUUGCAUGGAUGGGUUCCAGAGAUCCCACAGAUUGUACUUACAAAUUUGGUACCACGUCGCCGCGAUGCUCUCCUGUCGCUAUAGCGGGCCGAAGAGCGUCCAGUAUCAGCGACGACUAUCUUCUGCUGAUAGUGUACUGCGCAUCGUCUGUCUGGAAGAGCCUGCCAAUCUCCCGCCUCUUCCUCUUGUACCUUAUGCUAUGUCAAUGUCUACCACGGUGGUCUAUCGCGCUCUUAGGGAUGGCGAGCGAGCACCAGAAGAAGCGUACAAAGAUCUUGGAGCAUGUUACGAUAACCUCGUCAUCCUCAGUCGACUUUGGACCAGUGCAAAGGGAGUUGCUAGGUUAGUGAGGCGUCUGCAACAAUUUACCAGGCCCAGUGCACCUCCCAUUCGAACCACAGAGGGCGCCCCGUGCACUUGCGACGACACACAUCAACACGCAAACGUCACUAGGAACCCAAUCAGCAACUUGAAUAACCUUCAACGACAUGGACCAACCCAAGAUGUGACUGGAAGCUCAGUGUCACCUGUUUCGAGCUUGGUGCAGCCCAGUGAGGCCUUUCUGCCACCAGAUGAAUCCACAGAUGAUGAUGGUCAAUCGGGUCACCGGGCUGCCACUUGGUUCGUUGAUGGGCUAUCUUAUUCUCAUUUUGACAGGGCCUUUUAUGAUUUCUUCGAUUACGGCAUGCCCAGCCUUUUUCGCGAUUUGGCAACCUGGGAUUUUCUCCAAUCAGACGCGAAUGAUGAUCUAGAAGUUUCAUCAUUAAACCAUUAG